UGGCGGUAACGCGUCCAGUAUAGCUGCUUCUCCAACCGCCAGAAAACACUGGAGAAGAAAAAACCGCUGCUCGUCUGAGCCGCUUUAGCCCCUCGAGUUAUAAAAAUAAAAACACGUUAUUGUGUCUGGCUCUAAGGAUUUAAAACCCUGAGCUGUGUGAGGACAUGAAAACAGAGACAUCCAUGGAUGGAGAGACCUCAGAAGCCUGUGUGAAGAAAGAGGAGACGCUGGAGCUGAAUAUCUACAGCUAUGGAGACGAUCUCGACAACCCACCUGAAGGUCUCUCCAUUAAAGUGGAAGAUCCUGACGAUAAAGACUAUCUCUACUGUGAAGUUUGCAAAUCCUUCUUCCUCAACAAAUGCGAGGUUCAUGGACCACCCCUCUUCAUCCCCGAUACUCCUGUUCCCAUGGGAGUCCCUGACCGAGCCAGACAAACACUUCCUCCUGGGCUAGAAAUCCAGAAGUCCAGUAUUCCUGAUGCAGGCCUGGGAGUGUUUAAUAAGGGGGAGACUGUUCCAGUAGGUGCACACUUCGGCCCCUGCCAGGGAGAGCUGGUGAACCGAGAGGAAGCCAAGAACAGUGGAGACUCCUCGGUUGUAUGCAGGAGCAUGCAGUGUGAAGAAUACAUCAAUGCCAAAAGAGAGACGCAUGUGAAUUGGAUGAGGUAUGUGAAUUGUGCCCGUAAUGAAGAAGAACAGAAUCUUGUGGCAUUUGAGUAUCAAGGGAGAAUUCUGUAUCGUUGCUGUCGAUCCAUUAACCCAGGACAGGAGCUCUUGGUGUGGUAUGAAGAAGAGUACACCAAAGAACUCAGUCCUGCACCUACAGGAGCAACCAGACAGCAAGAAGUAAAGAACGCUCUGCUGCAAGUCUUUUCAUGCUCCACAUGCUCUCGUUCCGAUGCAUCUCCAAUUUACCUCGACAAGCAUAUCAAGAGAUGCUACUAUGAAGAGUACGUGAGACUGCGAGAAUCAGGAGAGAUUAAAUAUAAGCUUCAGAUCCCCUCCAAAUGCUCCAGUCGUCAACCAACAUCAACUGAUAUUAUCCAUUCUGAUACUUCCCAUAAUGAUAUACAGAAGGAAAUUCACCACUGCUCAGAUUGUGGAAAGAGUUUUAGUUCUCAGAAUGCACUCAAGACACACCAGUGCAGUCACACAGGAGAGAAGCCGUAUCACUGCUCACAGUGUGGGAAGAGUUUUACUCAUCAGAGUAAUCUCCAACAACACCAGCGCAUUCACACAGGGGAAAAGCCGUAUCACUGCUCACAGUGUGGGAAGAGUUUUACUCAGCAAAGUAAUCUCCAAACACACCAGCGCAUUCACACAGGGGAAAAGCCAUAUCACUGCUCACAGUGUGGGAAGAGUUUUACUCAGCAGAGGAAUCUCCAAACACACCAGCACAUUCACACAGGGGAAAAGCCAUAUCACUGCUCACAGUGUGGGAAGAGUUUUACUCAGCAGAGUAACCUCCAAACACACCAGCGCAUUCACACAGGGGAAAAGCCGUAUCACUGCUCACAGUGUGGGAAGAGUUUUACUCAUCAGAGUAAUCUCCAAACACACAGGCGCAUUCACACAGGAGAGAAGCCGUAUCACUGCUCACAGUGUGGGAAGAGUUUUACUCAUCAGAGUCAUCUCCAAAAACACCAGCGCAUUCACACAGGAGAGAAGCCGUAUCACUGCUCACAGUGUGGGAAGAGUUUUACUCAGCAGAGUGAUCUCCGAAUACACCAGCGCAUUCACACAGGAGAGAAGCCGUAUCACUGCUCACAGUGUGGGAAGAGUUUUACUCAGCAGAGUCAGUUCCAAAUACACCAGCGCAUUCACACAGGAGAGAAGCCGUAUCACUGCUCACAGUGUGGGAAGAGUUUUACUAAUCAGAGUGCUCUCCAAAAACACCAGCACAUUCACACAGGAGAGAAGCCGUAUCACUGCUCACAGUGUGGGAAGAGUUUUACUUAUCAGAGUGAUCUCCGAAUACACCAGCGCAUUCACACAGGAGAGAAGCCGUAUCACUGCUCACAGUGUGGGAAGAGUUUUACUCAUCAGAGUAAUCUCCAAACACACCAGCGCAUUCACACAGGGGAAAAGCCAUAUCACUGCUCACAGUGUGGGAAGAGUUUUACUUAUCAGACUGCUCUCCAAAGACACCAGCGCAUUCACACAGGAGAGAAGCCGUAUCACUGCUCACAGUGUGGGAAGAGUUUUACUCAGCAGAGUAAUCUCCAAACACACCAGUGCAUUCACACAGGAGAGAAGCCGCAUCACUGCUCAUAGUGUGGGAAGAGUUUUACUUAUCAGACUGCUCUCCAAACACACCAGCGCAUUCACACAGGAGAGAAGCCGUAUCACUGCUCAUAGUGUGGAAAGAGUUUUACUCGUCAGAGUGAUCUCCAAAUACACCAGUGCAUUCACACAGGAGAGAAGCCGUAUCACUGCUUACAGUGUGGGAAGAGUUUUACUCAGCAGAGUAAUCUCCAGACACACCAGCGCAUUCACACAGGAGAGAAGCCGGGUCAUUCCAUGCCAAAUCAACAAGAGGUUAUGCUCAACCAUCUCAGAUUUCAAUGAAAUUUGGAGGGCUCAGAGAUACUAUU